AUAUUUGUUCUUUUUGUCUUUUCAACUCUAAAUCCUUUAUGUCUCUUCUUUUAAUAGAGAAUUUGGAGAAAUGGAGGUUAAGGAAGGGUGAUUGACAUGGUUUCAUCAAAUUGGGACAAGUUUAAUGAUGGGGAUCCAUUGUCUGCUGAUGAUGAUCAUUCCUUUGUACUUGACAAUGUCUUUGCUUAUCAUCCAGAGAAAGCCAAGAAAAUGGAUGCUGGCAUUGAUUUUUUCAUGAUAAGCAAGCAUAUCAAUUUCCCAGAAAGCAGGUGCUUGUAUGUGGUCACUACUGAUGGUCUCCAAGAAGAUUUUUCCUACCACAAGUGUCUGGACAACAUGAUCAGGGGAAAGUAUCCUAAUACUGCAAAGGAGUUCAUUGCGAAAUAUUUCAGAAAGCCUCGCUCCGGAGGGAACCAGGAGCAAAAUUCUGUGCCUCCACAGACUCCUCAGGAUGACAAUCAGCAGUAGCCCAGCCAUGUACGUUUGAUGGAAGAUUGGGUAAUCAAGAUAUGUAAAUUCCUCUUGAUGGCAUACAUUGAGCAGAUGUUGACUCAUCGUCUCCUCCUGACAACAUUAUACUAAGAAACACACCAAUCAUGAAUUGUUUUUACUGUCUUCACUUCAUAUUAGUUGCUCCAGUGCGGCUUCUUUUCUUUACUUAACAGCAGAUUAAAAUGCCCCGGUUAUA